AUGGCAGAAGUGAAUAUUUUAGGACUUCAAGAUCAGUUAAGGUGUCCAAUCUGUCUGGAUCUGGUCAAGGAUCCAGACCCAGUAACUCUUUUGUGUGGACACAGUUUCUGUAUGGUCUGUAUUAAUGGCUGCUGGGAUCAGGAGGAUCCGCAGGGAGUCUAUAGCUGUCCUCAGUGUAGACAAACCUUCACUCCGAGACCUGUUGUAAGUAAAAACAGUGUCUUAGCUGAAGUAGUGGAGACACUGAAGAAGACAGGACAACAAGCUACACGUCCUGCUCAGUGUUCAGCUGGACCUGAAGACGUGGAAUGUGAUUUCUGUAUUGAGAGUAAAUCCAAAGCCAUUAAGUCCUGCCUGGUGUGUCUGGCCUCUUUCUGUGAAACUCAUCUCCAGCCUCACUAUAAAUCUCCUGCCUUUAAGAAGCACAAGCUGGUCGAAGCCUCCAGUCGACUCCAGGAUCGGAUCUGUUCUCAGCAUGACAAACUGCUGGAGGUUUACUGUCGCACUGACCAGCAGUGUAUCUGCAUGUUGUGUACUAUGGAUGAACAUAAAGGACAUGAUACGGUAUCAGCUACAACAGGGAAAGCUGAGAAACAGAAACAGUUUUUGGAGGUGCAAGGAACAUUCCAGAAAAAAAUCCAGCAGAGAGAGCAGGAGCUUCAGGAGCUAACAAAAGCUGUGGAGUCUCACAAGCACUCUGCACAGACAGCAGUUCUGGAAACUGAGAAGAUGUUUACUGAUAUGAUCAGUACAAUGGAGAAAAGAUGCUCUGAGGUAACACAGCUAAUCAGAGGUCAAGAGAAAGCUGCAGUGAGUAAAGCUGAAGAAAUCAUCAUGAAACUGGAGCAGGAGAUUGCAGAGCUGAAGAGGAGAGAAACUGGGAUGAAGGAGCUUUUACUCACUGAGGAUCCCAUCCAGUACCUCCAGAAUUUUCAUUCUUUUGUGACCCCUCCUGGAGCUGCAGAUUUACCAACCAUCGUGGUCAAUGCUUCCUUCUGUUUUGAUGAUCUACUAAAGUCUGUGUCUCAGUCAAAAGUGAAGACGGAGGCAUGCUUUGAGGAGCAGUUUGAGAAGAUAUCAACGGAAGUAAAGAAAAUCCUGAUCCUGUCACCCCAAAGCAGAGAGGAAUUUCAACAGUAUUCCUGUCAACUUACAAUGGAUCCCAACACAGCACCUGCACAAAUCCAGCUGUCUGAUUCAAACAGAAUGGCAACUUACAAAAAUGUCUACUCGCAUGUUUUUGGUACUAACUGUAACUUCAAUGUGUUUUGUAGUGAGAGUGUUUCUGGACCCUGUUACUGGGAGGUGGAGUGGAGUGGGGUUAAUGGGGUUCAUAUAGCGGUGUCUUGUGAUGACAUCAGCAGGAAUGGAAGCAGUAAUGUAUGUGUGUUUGGAUGUAAUGAUAAGUCCUGGAGUUUGCUGUGCCAAUCAUCUGGUUAUUCAUUCUUACACAACAACCAAGAAACUAAAAUCCCUGUGAACUCCAGCUCCUCUACGAUAGGAGUGUUUGUGGAUUACAAAGCAGGAACUCUGUCUUUCUACAGUGUUUCUGACACGAUGAAGCUAAUCCACAAAGUUCACACCACAUUCACUCAGCCUCUUUACCCUGGAUUUGGCCUAAAUACAUAUUCAACAGUAAAACUAUGCUAAAGAAAAUAAAUAAUUUUGGAUUAGUUUAACACUGUAUGAUUUAUGUAACAAUGAAAAAUCAAGCCAUGCUACAUGUUAUCUUUAAAAAUAACACAUUCAUAAUGGAAAGACAUUUAAAAGCUGAUGUCUUGUUUAAAGUCAAUAUUUCUAUUUUAAAAUAUGAAUGAGUUGAAAUGCAAUUAUCUAAAUUUAUGUUCACAAAAAUAGAAUUAAAAGGUAUAGUAUAGUGUUCAUAUCUACUACUGUAAAAUAGUUUUCUUCAUUUUGUCCUUGAUUUGCUUGAUAUAAAUAUCCUGCAGUGUCAGAAAAAAACAAAACAUCACAGUAAUGCAUUGUUUAGCUUUAGUGACUCUGCCUCAAAAGGGAAGUGUGCUGUUUCUGUAACAGAAUACUAAAAUACAAGCAUUACUAAAAUGCAGUGGUACGAAUUUUUGAGAGUUUUUUCAGUGUGAAGAGGUAGUAGUACAGGCGUUGUUGUACAUUCUCUACAGGGUUUACACUUCCUCCAUGUAGACCCAUUCAUUAUUACUGGUGAUAAGAAUUGGUGCAUUGGUGUAAUAAACAGUGGUAGGUUGCUGGUUAAAAUCUUACUAAGGAUUGAAUGGAUUGAUCAAUUCAAAUACCCCGCCUUCCAAGAUGUCACUUGACAAACACACAACUGCUCAGUUGUAUGAAAACUCUGAUAAAUGGAAGUUGCUCUCAAACAUGUCAGCUGUUUGUAGUGAUAAAGAUUUGUGCAUGAUUGAGAAACUUGGGUGAUGUAUAACGGGGCUGCUAUAUAUUAAACUAAGUGUAAAUAAUGACUCAAACAAGAUCCUGCACACAAGCACAUCCCUCUGGUAACCCAGCCUGCUUUACAUUGAUUGUACAUGUAAUAAAUGCUUCCAUAGUGAAGUGGAUUCAGAAGCGUACAGUCAUCAGGAAAUAAUCAAGAAGGUUCCCAGCCCAAAGCAGCAAUUCAGCUUGUACUUUAUUACACAAUUGAUUUAUUUCUGAGCUAAUCAAUACCCACAUCUGUAUAUUCCAUGAGUGUAUUGAUGCUUUAUUGCUAACGCUGUUCAAACUUCAUUUUAAAACAAUUUUCAAAAUAAUGAUUCUCAAUGUUCUAUUUUAUUGUUAUACCUUCAACUCUUAAAAAAAGAAUCCAACUCAUUUUCCUUUUACUGUAAUUAUCAGUGAUACAUGUUUUGAUUUUUGAUGCUUUUUUACUUGGAGAAGAAUUCAGUGUGACUAGAUUUUAUAGAAACGACUAUGAAACAUAGAGAAAUUUUACUUUUAUAUUCACACCAUUUAGGUUCCAAUCAAGUUCAAAUCUAACGAGUAAAUCCAAUGUGUUCUGUAUUUUUCUGUUUGUUUUCUUUCUUUAUCUGUAUUUUUUUUUUAUUAUUAGCUUUUACUGCCUGAAACUGUUCACUGUGUUUAAUAUCAGGUCAUAUAAACCAAUAGAACUCAAGAUACAAGAAAAACAGUGUUGCAGAUAAUGUUAUAUAAUGCAUUGGCAUAUUAUUGGUUGUUGAAAUGUACUUUACUAUGUUUAAUAAACUUUACUAGAAUUGCAGAACUAA